AUGUCAACGAAACAAAAUUCAACGAAAACAUAUAAAGCUCCCAUGGUUAUUACUUCUUUUUCUACUGAACCUUUUGAACGCGUAACUAUUGAAUUAGUCUCUUAUUCAGACAUAACUAACGACUAUAAUAAAUAUAUACUCACAUUACAAGAUGACUUAACUGGUUUUGUUCAAGCAUACCCCAUUCAAGACAAACAAGCAACUACAGUAACCAAAUCCCUUUUAAUUUUCUGUCAACAUUACGGUGUACCUAAACGUUUCCAUUCCGAUCAAGGUACAGAAUUUCUUAAUAGCGUGAUCAAACAAUUGACGAAAUUACUAGGAUCCAACCACACAGUUAGCACCGCAUAUCAUCCUCAAACUAACGGUUCAUUAGAACGAUUCCACGCAACAUUACGCGAUCACAUCCGAAUGUACCACAAACGUAAUCAAUCUAAUUGGGAUCAAAUUGUGCCAUUUGCCGUUAUGUGCCAUAUGAGGUGUAACUCUUUGGUUACAAACCGUUCUCUUUAUUCUUUAAAAGCAAACGACGACUACACAACUCAUGACUACCUACGAGAUUUAAACGAAAGACUCAAAGUAUCACGGGACAUAGCCCGCCAAAAUGUAGAGUCAAUGAACGAAAAGGCAAAAGAGCGAUACGACAGCAAUAUUAAAAAUAUUUCCAAAUUUAAAGUUAUGCUUAAAGUCCGUAAUCCAAACAACUUAAAUAGAUUAUGGGACGGGCUUCAUGUCAUUGUUAGAAUAGGUUUUAAUGAAAAUUUUAUUACACAAAAAUUUGAAAAAAGACCAAAUAGUGCAUGUAAAUCGCUUAAGACCAUUGCAUGA